GGGAAUUCUCGCGUUGACUGGUGUCCUUGAUGUGAAGUCAAGAUGGGGUACUGGGAGCUAGAAGAGGGUAGAGAUUGUGUGCAGAAAACAUGGAUUACUACCAAGAUAGCCACUGCCAUAGGGCUUGUCGGCUCAGCCUACCACAUUGUGGCUUUCCAACCUGAAACUGCUGUCGAGGCUCUUCAGAGGGCUACUUCAGGCACAGUUACAAUGGCUUCCCUUGGGGCAAUUUUUGGAAUGGCUACUUGUCUAAGUGCCCAGGCCAGGGAUGCCCCAGAUGACCCUUUAAAUUAUUUCAUCGGUGGUUGUUCCUCUGGAGCAUUCCUUGGAGCUCGGACUCACAGUGCUACUACAGGUGUAACGGCGUGCAUCGGCUUGGGGACAUUGGCUAUGUUCACAAAAGUUGCCAAGAUGGAAGGCUGGAAAAUAAGUGGUCCUCCCAGGCUAUAAACAUACAGUGUUUGUCCUGAUUAAAUGUUUUAUGUAUAUUGUAUAUGGAAUUAAUAAACUUCACAGAGACUAAAGUA